AUGAAUGCCGCCAAGCAGCUUUCCAAGACCACGAACAAGUUCACCAACAUCAACAAGCUGGCGAGGCCGACCAAGGACCUCAGCCAGCUCUCCAAGUUUAGGAAUGGUGGAUCGGCCGCGUACUGGGGCUACAAAGCCUUCCAGGCCCUCAGGCUGUGUUCCGGUGACGUCACCGCCUUGGCCGAGAUCGCCGCGGAGCUCCUCGAUCAAGGACUCUGCGCGGGGCUGGUCGCUAACCCCGGAAUGAUCUUGGAAGCCGUGGAGGCCGUCGUGAGUGCGUACGGGGGCAUCCAGUCCUUCAGGAAGAACGUCAAGAACUUCGCGCAAUUCUCGGCGGCGCUCUCGAAACAGCUCAACGGUGACGGAAAGACCCAGACGAAUGGGAGGACCAUGGACUCGGCGGAACAUCUCUACACCAUGUUCACGGAGUGCGACAGCGAUGGUUCAGGAGGCAUUUCGAUCGAAGAAUACGUGUACUUCUGCAGCCGGGAGGGGGUUCCCAGGAGCGUGGCCGAGACCACCUUCUUCCAGGCGGACAUAGACGGAAACGGGCAAAUAUCGUUCGAGGAAUGGACGGCGAUGAUGAUGGGGAGGGUGGGUCGAGACAAGGACAGCUUCAACUGCGGCGGCAACCACGGCCUGGUCCAAUACGUGGCCGUCUACAACGGAAUGGCCUGCGACUUCUGCGGGACUCCAAUCCAGGCGGGCUUCUUUGCCAAGGGCUGCAGGCGAUGCGAUUGCGACGCUUGCGCUACUUGCUCCGGGCUACCGACAACGCCAGCGCCCCCCCCGCAGCUCCCCCCCCGGGGUGGCCUCGAAUCCGGAUCUGCCUCUGCGCCAGGACAACCCAAGAAAAAGGUCAAGAAAAAGGUUAAGGGGGGGACAAAGGAGACGGGGGGGACGAAAAAAGUGAAGAAAAAGGUGGCGGCAUCAGGAGGAGAAGCAGGGAAGACGAAGGUGAAGAAAAAAGUGGCGGCACCAGCAGGAGAAGGAGGGAAGGCGAAGGUGAAGAAAAAAGUGGCGGCACCAGCAGGAGAAGAAGGGAAGGCGAAGGUGAAGAAAAAAGUGGCGGCACCAGCAGGAGAAGCAGGGAAGACGAAGGGGACAAAAGCUAAGAAAAAGGCGACCCCAGCGGCCCGGCCUCCGGCGGAGGCACCGCCGCAGCAGCAGCCGCCGUUCCAAAGCAUACCGCCCCCUCUCGUGCACGUAGGAGAAGCCCCGUUGCCGCGGGCUUUCGCGUGGGUGGAAGCGGCCGCCGUGCAGACGUCGUCCGACUCCUUCGAUUGCCGCCUGCGGCACGGCCUGACCCUCUACACCGUGCCUUUCGGUCUCCCAGUUGCCUGCGACUGGUGCGGCGCGUCCGUUCCCCCCGGCUACCCGGCCGUAGGGUGCCGGGCGUGCGACGUCGACGGGUGCUUGGAUUGCGCGGCGAGGAGCCUGACGCCGUCGGCAGGAGACGGGAGCGGCAGCGGCAGCGCGCUUGCGCUGACGUGCCCCGGUGGGCAUGGGCUGACGAUGGCGGCGGCGGUUCCCGGCUGCGCGUGCGAUCUGUGCGGCUGCGGCGUCGGCGCCGGGUCGAAGGUUUUCAGCUGCAGGCUAUGCAACAUGGAUGCUUGCGUCUCCUGCAUCUGGAGAGACCACCGCCGCCGGCCGCAGCAGGCCGAGAAGCUUGGACGGGUAAACACCACCCCCGCCGCGGCGACCCCUGAACCAAGCCCAUCGCCGGCGGUGCCGCUGCCGCCGCCGCCGCCGCCGCCGAGCUACGACACCAUCGGUGCACCUUCACCACGCAACGAUGGCCAAGCUGCCGCUGUUGCGAUGCCACCGUAUCACGGGAUGCCGGCCGGCGUUGUGGCGGCGGUUGCAGGGCCGCCCAAGUAUGGAGAAUUGACGACGUCGAGUCAAGCCCGUUCACCCCCCUCAUACGGCGACCUUUUUGUGAGGGGACCGGGAGGAAACGGCGGCCCUAACGCGCCAACUGAUGAUGAUGAUGAUGAUGAUGAUGAUGACGAUGAUGAUGAUGAUGAUGAUGCCUCCGACGAGGAAGUCCCCCCCUUCGCCUUUGAUUCGGUGGUGAGGGUGCUUGGCGUGGACGAUCCGCGGACCGACGGAAAGCUCAUGACGGUGAUCGGCUUUGAGCCCUGCCCCAGGGGCGGAGCGGGGAUCGUCGUGCUCCAGAGGAAGCGUAAGGUUGUGAGGGUCCCCACCGCAAACGUUUUCAACGUGGUCGGUUGA